AAGUAGGGUUGGUAAUGGCGUAUCGGUCCCUGCUUCCUCCUCCAUUCUCUCUCUUCCUCUCCUUCUUCUUCGCCCGCUCCUGAUUCCUUCCUCUGCAACCUUCGAUCUCGCACAUUCUUCGUCCUCCCAAUCUCCCCCCAAAAAGGUAUGAUUUUUUUUUGGCGUCCCUUUGCCCCCUUCUUGUUUCCGUGCAACCGGUCGGGUUCUAGGGGUUUGAUUUGAGGCGAGGGGAUCGAUGGAGGCGGAGCCGCCGGCGCAGGUCAAGCGUUGCAUCUCGCGGCAGCUCUCCGGAGGCGACUCCGGCAGGAGGAGCGGGAGGUUCAGCUUCAAGCGCAACCUCUCCUUUAACCCGCGGCUCAACAGGUUUAGCUUCGGCAGGCAGUCCUCGCUCGAUCCCCACCGAGAGUGCAGGAGCCCGACCGGCAUGGAUGAGCUCACGGUGCCGGAGAACCUUGACUCCACCAUGCAGCUAUUGUUUCUCGCGUCGCUAGGGGACGCCAAGGGUGUGGAGGAGCUGUUGAAGGAUGGCGUUGAUGUGAACAGCAUUGAUCUGGACGGAAGGACGGCCCUGCACAUAGCGGCGUGCGAGGGGAAUGUGGACGUCGUUAAGUUGUUGCUCAGCUGGAGAGCCAAUGUCGACGCAAGGGAUCGGUGGGGGAGCACGGCUGCCGUGGAUGCCAAGUACUAUGGUAAUGUUGAAGUCUACAAUGUCUUGAAAGCUCGAGGAGCCAAAGUCCCGAAGAUUAAGAGGACUCCCAUGGCCGUGUCAAAUCCCGGAGAAGUUCCGGAGUAUGAGCUAAACCCAGGGGAACUACAAUUCCGUCGAGGUGAAGAAGUCUUAAAGGGUACUUAUCAAGUUGCCAAGUGGAAUGGCACGAAGGUUUCAGUGAAAAUUCUUGACAAAGAUAGCCAUUCAGAUCCUGAUAGUGUAAAUGCCUUCAAGCAUGAAUUGAAUCUGUUGCAAAAGGCUAGGCAUCCAAAUGUUAUCCAAUUUGUAGGAGCUGUUACUCAAAAUAUACCUAUGAUGAUUGCGGUAGAGUAUCAUCCAAAAAGCGACUUAGGGAGCUAUCUUCAAAAGAAAGGACGUCUGCAACCCCAUAAAGCUUUAAGAUAUGCUCUUGAGAUUGCCAGGGGAUUGAAUUAUCUUCAUCAAUGUAAACCAGACCCAAUUAUUCAUUGCAAUUUAAAGCCAAAAAAUAUCUUGCUCGACUAUGGGGGACAAUUGAAGGUGGCAGGCUUUGGGAUGAUGAAUCUCUUAAAAGUUUCACCUGAUAAAGUAAAAUUGGAUAAUGGGAAAGUUCAAAUUGACAACUUCAGUUUGUACACAGCUCCUGAAAUUUACAGGGAUGAAGUAUUUGAUGCCAGUGUCGAUGCAUUCUCUUUUGGUCUCAUUCUUUUUGAGAUGAUUGAAGGAGCACCGGCAUUCCACCCAAAAAGCCCAGAGGAAGCUACCAAGAUGAUUUGCUUGGAUCGACUGAGACCUCCUUUAAAGAACAAAUCUAAAAGCUAUCCUCAGGAUGUUAAGGAGUUAAUUGAAGAAUGUUGGAAUCCUGAGCCUGUAAUUAGGCCAACCUUUUCAGAAAUUAUUAUUCGACUAGACAAAGUCUAUUCCAUUUGUGCUAAGCAGGGACGGUGGAAAGACACCUUUAAACUCCCCUGGAAGUGAAGGUAGAGAGCUACCGGAAGGUCUUGUUUCACUAGAACUUGUACAAUUUUGACACAACAAAUCAUUCAUUAACUGAUGCACACUUUUACUCGUUCUCAAACCUCAGACAGUGUACUUUGUUGAUAGUUAAAAUACAACAUGACCGAAGUUAUAUGUUCUAUUGCUCUCUUUAUCUUCCUAGAAUCAUAGUUGUUAGGUAACACGAAGGA